AUGUCGUCGGCGAACAACACUGCUGCCACCUCGCCAGCGCCGUCGUCCGCCGCGCCCGAGCCGUCUACUCCCUCCGUUGCGCAGUCGUCACCGGCCCCUAACACGCCCUCGUCAGCUGCGCCGCCGGCCUCAUCACCUGCGCCCGUGAGCUCUGCGGCUCCAGCUCCAGCGUCGUCGGCACCCGCGCCCUCGUCGGCUGCCCCGCCUGCCUCGUCGGCCGCGCCCCCAGCAUCCUCUGCCGCGCCUCCAGCCUCGUCAGCAGAACCAGCUCCCUCGUCAGCCGAACCAGCGCCCUCGUCAGCCGCACCAGCUCCCUCGUCAGCAGCACCGGCUCCAGCGCCCUCAUCCGCCGCACCCUCGUCGGCCGCCCCUGCCCCAUCAAGCGCACCUGCCCCUGUAACCACCCAAGUCGUCACCGCCUCGUCUGCGCCGCCGUCGACCACCGAGGUCGCGACGUCUGUCGUCACCGUCACCCCCUCUGCAACCCGCGCUGGAGAGACGCCCACCCCCAUCAUCGUCACCUCCGUUGUCACCCGUGAAGGCCCUGUCGCCACGACGGGAACCGGCGGCCUUGCCUCGACUGCCACCACGCGCGGAGCCUCGAGCACCAGCACGGCCGAACCUAAAUCCGCCAAUGGCAUCACCCAGAAAGGACUUAGCACCGGCGGCAAGACUGCAAUUGCUGUCGUCGUCCCUGUCGUCGUCGUCGCCCUGCUGGUCCUGGCAGGCAUCAUCCUGUGGAGGAAACGCAAGGCGCGCCAGAACAACGAGGAAGAGCGAAGGAAGGAGGUCGAGGAGUAUGGCUUCAACCCCAACCACGACCCUACGCUUCCUGCCGUCGGUGGCAUAGGCGGCGCCGAGAUGGCCGAAGACUCGAGCGGUUACCGAGGAUGGGGCAACACUGCCACCAGCUCGAACCGCAAGGCUUCCACCACCCUCACCAGCGGCAUGACCUACUCAGACAGCAACAGCAACCCUGGAGGCUACAACACUCCGCACUCCCCCACUGGCGGCGCCUACUCCGAAGGAUCCAACGACCCCCUGGUGAACGGCCGCCGCGAGACGAUGGACUCUGAUGGUCUUGGUGCACUCGAUGCUAGUGUCAUUGGAGGCGCUGUGCCCAACUCGACGCAGAAUCAGGCCGGCGUACAGCGUGGGCCUUCCAACGCAUCCUCGUCCUACUCUGCUGCCAACCGCUCCGAUGCCUCGGGCGAAUACCCUGGCAUGGCCGCCAAUCCCAACGAGUACUACGACAACCAAGGCUACUACCAGACAAGCCCAUAUGGCAACACCGACCCGUACGGCACAGGCCAGCAGCCCGUCAUUCGGGACGUGUCAGCGCGACGCAACACAAGGAUCGAGAACCCCUCGGUCUUCCCGCAACAAGGAAACUCUGGCAUCGCGCAGAACUUCUAA